CAUUAACUGUCCUGGUUACUGCUUACUGGCGACUGCCUUUGUCUGUACGACCCACAAUGCAGUGGGCUCACGGAGAUUGUUGCUAGUCAUUCUGAGGAGUUGUGAAAAGGUCUGAAGUACUUUAUCUUGUCUAUUUUACUUGUUGACUACGGGACGGUACUGGAAUAUUUUCUCUCUUGAUUUGAACCCACUACCUGCGUAUCGGCUAGGAUGAAGGAAGGUACUACUAAGCAGAAGUCGGACAAAGGCAAGCAGGCUGAUCCCCAAGACGUGGAGAUGAAAGAGGAAGAGCAGAAACAGUCUGAUGAUGGGGAGACUAAAAGCACAGAGAAAACCCAAAAGGAGCUUGAUACCAUCACUCUAGAAGACCUCAAGGAACAUGUAAAACAUAUAGAAAAGUCAAUUUCUGGGAAGGAACCUCGAUUUGUCCUUCGAACAUUGCGAGCUCUUCCCUCAACUAGCCGCAGACUAAAUGCCACUGUGUUGUAUAAGGCUGUUCAAGGAUUCUUCACUGCCAACACAGCAACGCGGGACUUUCUUCUUGGAUUCCUUGAAGAGCCCAUGGACACAGAAGGCGAUCUGCAGUUUCGUCCACGUUCUGGAAAGGCAGCAUCCUCCCCCCUCUUGCCUGAGGUCGAAGUCUACCUUCAGCUUCUAAUGGUCAUCCACAUGAUAAAUAGUAAACGCUACACUGAGGUACAAAAAAUAUCUGAAGACCUCAUGCAGAAGAUUAGCUCACAAAAUCGAAGAGCCCUUGAUCUGGUAGCAGCAAAAUGCUAUUACUAUCACUCCCGUGUUUAUGAAUCUCUUAACAAGCUUGAUUCAAUUCGAAGUUUUCUGCAUUCCCGUUUAAGAACAGCAACAUUGCGUCAUGAUGCUGAUGGUCAAGCAACUCUUCUAAAUCUCCUUUUAAGAAACUAUCUUCAUUACAACCUUUAUGAUCAGGCAGAAAAGUUGGUCUCUAAAUCAGUGUUUCCAGAGCAAGCAAACAAUAAUGAGUGGGCAAGAUACCUUUUCUAUACAGGCCGGAUAAAAGCUAUACAGCUGGAAUAUUCAGAAGCCAGAAGAACCCUAACAAAUGCACUCCGCAAGGCUCCACAGCACACUGCUGUUGGCUUUAAACAGACUGUUCACAAGCUCCUGAUUGUGGUGGAAUUACUAUUGGGAGAAAUCCCAGAUAGGCUUCAGUUCCGUCAGCCUUCUCUCAAACGUUCACUUAUGCCAUACUUUCUAUUAACUCAGGCUGUUCGAACAGGAAAUCUUGCCAAAUUCAACCAAGUUCUAGAGCAGUUUGGAGAAAAAUUUCAGACAGAUGGAACUUACACUUUAAUUAUUCGACUUAGACACAAUGUUAUUAAGACUGGUGUUCGUAUGAUCAGUUUGUCUUAUUCGCGCAUCUCCCUGGCAGAUAUUGCUCAGAAGUUACAGUUGGACAGCCCAGAAGAUGCAGAAUUUAUUGUUGCAAAGGCAAUCCGUGAUGGUGUGAUAGAGGCUAGCAUCAACCAUGAAAAAGGAUAUGUCCAGUCAAAAGAAACUAUUGAUAUUUAUGCUACUCGUGAACCUCAAUUAGCAUUCCAUCAACGAAUUGCUUUUUGCCUUGAUAUUCACAAUAUGUCUGUCAAGGCCAUGAGAUUCCCUCCAAAAUCAUACAAUAAAGAUCUGGAAUCUGCAGAAGAACGUCGAGAACGUGAACAGCAAGAUUUAGAGUUUGCAAAAGAAAUGGCAGAAGAUGAUGAUGAUGGCUUUCCAUGAUCCUUCAGUAUAGCACUCACAGUAUAAAAUACCUAUAUAUAUUUUUUAAUGGGGUGAUAGAACUGAAAGCCAUUGCAUAUAAGGACGCAGUGUAAACUGUAAUAUUCGCUGGUUUGCAUUUUGCAUCGGGGUUCAUAAUCAGAGCUGUGGGCAAAACAAAUGUUUACAGGAGUGAAAGGCCAGUUUUUCAUCACUUUUGCGGUGUAAUGCAAGAAUAAAAAGAUAAAAAAUGAAAUAUCUA